AUGACCAUUGACCACACACCCAGAUAUGUGCCCAGUAGUGCAGUGGAUAUGAUCAUUGGCCACACACCUAGAUAUGUGCCCAGUAGUGCAGUGGAUAUGACCAUUGACCACGUACCCAGAUAUGUGCCCAGUAGUGCAGUGGAUAUGAUCAUUGGCCACACACCCAAAUAUGUGCCCAGUAGUGCAGUGGAUAUGACAACUGACCACCUACCCAGAUAUGUGCCCAGUAGUGCAGUGGAUAUGAUCAUUGGCCACACACCCAGAUAUGUGCCCAGUAGUGCAGUGGAUAUGAUCAUUGGCCAACACACCCAGAUAUGUGCCCAAUAUGUGCCCAGUAGUGCAGUGGAUAUGACAAUUGACAACAUACCCAGAUAUGUGCCCAGUAGUGCAGUGGAUAUGACAAUUGACAACAUACCCAGAUAUGUGCCCAGUAGUGCAGUGGAUAUGAUCAUUGGCCACACACCCAGAUGUGUGCCCAGUAGUGCAGUGGAUAUGAUCAUUGGCCAACACACCCAGAUAUGUGCCCAGUAG